AUGCCAGCCAACCACACAGAGGGCAGCGCCCCUUCCACCCAGAGCACGCUGACCCAAGGCUCUUCCCUGGCCACUUGCACAGAAACAGAGACUUUCACCGAAGUGGUGGAAGGGGAGGAGUGGGGCUCCUUCUACUACUCCUUUAAGACUGAGCAGCUAAUCACUCUGUGGGUCCUCUUUGUCUUCACCAUCGUUGGGAACUCUGUCGUGCUGUUCUCCACGUGGAGGAGAAAGAGGAAGUCAAGAAUGACCUUCUUUGUGACCCAGCUGGCCAUCACAGACUCUUUCACAGGACUAGUCAACAUCUUGACAGACAUAAUCUGGCGAUUCACCGGAGACUUUAUGGCGCCUGACCUGGUUUGCCGAGUGGUCCGCUACCUGCAGGUUGUGCUGCUCUACGCCUCCACCUAUGUCCUGGUGUCCCUCAGCAUAGACAGGUACCACGCCAUCGUCCACCCCAUGAAGUUCCUGCAAGGAGAAAAGCAAGCCAAGGUGCUGAUCGGGAUUGCUUGGAGCCUGUCUUUCCUGUUCUCCAUCCCCACCCUGAUCAUAUUUGGGAAAAGGACCCUCUCCAACGGCGAAGUGCAGUGCUGGGCCCUAUGGCCUGACGACUCUUACUGGACACCAUACAUGACCAUUGUGGCCUUCCUGGUGUACUUCAUCCCUCUGACAAUCAUCAGUGUCAUCUAUGGCAUCGUGAUUCGAACUAUUUGGGUUAAAAGCAAAGCUCGUGAGACCGUGAACUCCAACUGCUCAGAUGGAAAACUGUGCACCAGCUACAACCGAGGGCUCAUCUCGAAGGCAAAAAUCAAAGCUGUCAAGUAUAGUGCCGCCAUCAUUCUUGCCUUCAUGUGCUGUUGGAGUCCAUAUUUCCUCUUUGACAUGUUGGAUAAUUUCAACCUCCUUCCAAACACCAAGGAGCGUUUCUAUGCCUCUGUGAUCAUUCAGAACCUGCCAGCACUGAACAGUGCCAUCAACCCCCUCAUCUACUGUGUCUUCAGCAGCGCCAUCUGUUUCCCUUUUAGGGAGCGGAGGUCACAGGAUUCCAGAAUGACCUGCCGGGAGAGAACUGAGAGGCAUGAGAUGCAGAUGCUGGCCAAGCCAGAAUUCAUCUAG